CCGCGCGGUGGUCUCGAUCGAUCCAAGAAGCAGAGGAGAGGAGGAGGAGGAUCCAUGGCGCGGCUGCGGCGGGCGCUGGACCUGGAGCGGCACUACGCGUUCUACGCGGCGUACCACUCCCACCCGGCGAACGUGCUCGUCCACGUGGCGUGCGUCUGGCCCAUCCUCCUCACGGCGAUGCUCCCGCUCCGCUACGCGCCGCCGCUGCCGCUGCUCCGGUUCUACUGCCCGCUCUGCCGCCAGUACCUCCCCGUCCAGCUCGGUUUCCCCGUCGCCGUCGCGCUCGGCGCCUUCUACGCGCUCAUGGACCGCCGCGCGGGCUCCGCCGCCGCGCUGCUCUGCGUCGCCGGGUGGGGCGCUGGCAACCUCCUCGCCGACGCCGCGGGGCUCUGGACGCUCGUCGACGCCUGGAGGCCGCUGCUCACCGCGCAGGCCCUCCUCUGGUCCGCCCAGUUCUUCGCCCACGCCUUCUUCGAGAAGCGGCGGCCGGCGCUUGUGGACAGCCCGGUGCAGGCGGUGGUGACGGCGCCGUUGUUCGUCUUCCUCGAGGUGCUGCACAGGCUGUUCGGGUACGAGCCGACGCCGGGGUUCUACAAGCGCGUCCAGGCGAGGGUGUCGGCGAUGCACAACGGCCCGUCGCCGGCGCCGGAGGAGGAGAAGAAGGAGAGGACGAGCAAGGCGGCGGCGCAGUAGGAGGAGGAGGAGGAGGAGGAGAGCGCCGAGAAGGAUUCGUAGGUGGAUCGAGCGAGAGCGUGAGAGGAGAUGUUGUUAACCUGUGCAAUGUACACAGUAUUAGUAAGAAAUAAAAUGAGUUCAAAUUUGUCUCGAAAGAUUAGCACUGAGACUGUGACAAGUUUUAGUGGUGAUUAUUAGUUAUUACUAUAA